AAAACCCAUCGACUGCGGUUUAUCUACGGGUCAAAGUGUAGUCCGAACUUAAAUAAAGGCUUUUUCGCCUUGUAAGUCAAAUCUGAUACAACUAAUCAGGUAAAACAAUGAUUUUCUAUUUCCUUCUGGGUGUUGCCAACCACCUCCCUGCAGAUUCAAUACACCUAGAAACGAAACCGCACACUAUUUAAACUUUCCGCGACGCCUUAUUAAAAAGCCACAACAUAUAUUUUUGCAGGCGGUCAGUGCAGUAUAUUCGUCCAUCCAUCGAGGCUAUUUAAAUAGAGGAAGGCAAAUUUGCUCUCCCAAGCCCACAAUCCUCAACCCCAUUUUAACCAAUCACAGCACGAGUGGGACCGCUUCAGCCAAUGACGAACUAGUCUGAGUACGCACUCCGUCGGACGACGACGACCAUGGAGCGGAGUAGUCUCCUUUUCGGUGUAGCAAACUUUUAGCAUUUAGUUUCGAUACGGACACAAACGGUGUGAGGUUGGGGGAGCAGCUCUGAGCAGAAAAUGGGGGAGCUCGAGGGUUCAUACCGGGUCCUGCAGACCCCUGGCAUACGGCUGGGAGCCCAGUUCAACCCUGGUAUCAGCACUUUGGAGCCGGGCCAGAGCCUCGGCGGCAACAUGGUCAGCGGGAGCAAGAGCCACGGGCGAUGGCUACAAAUUCGCGUCCAGGGACUGGACGACUCCCAAGAGUUCUUUGACGUCGACCCCAAAGCUAUUGGACAGUAUCUCCUCUCUGAGGUUUUCUUGAGAGGCAACCUCAUAGAGCGGGAUUACUUUGGUCUGGAGUUUCAGAACAUGCAGAUGAACUGGGUUUGGCUGGAACCCACGAAACCCAUUAUGAGACAAGUCAGGAGACCGGCCAAUACGCUUUUCAGACUGUCGGUUAAAUUCUUUCCUCCAGACCCUGGUCAGCUGCAGGAGGAGUACACAAGGUACUUAUUCUCUCUGCAAAUGAAAAGAGAUCUGAUUGAGUCCAGGCUGAUCUGUACAGAAAAUACUGGAGCCCUGCUGGCCUCUCACCUCGUCCAGUCGGAGAUCGGCGACUACGGCGACGCAGCAGACGGGGACUUCCUGAGGACCACCAAACUGUUGCCGUACCAAGAGAAGGUGCAGGAGAGGAUCAUGGAGCUCCACCGCAGGCACCUGGGCCAGACUCCAGCUGAAUCAGAUUUUCAAAUCCUGGAGAUUGCCCGCAAACUGGAGAUGUAUGGCGUCCGCUUCCACCCAGCGGCCGACCGGGAAGGCUCCAAAAUCAACCUGGCCGUCGCUCACAUGGGCCUUCAGGUUUUUCAGGGCAACACCAAGAUAAACACCUUCAAUUGGUCCAAGAUUCGCAAACUGAGCUUCAAGAGAAAGAGGUUCCUGAUCAAACUCUACCCAGAGGUUCACGGUCUCCAUCAGGACACAUUGGAGUUCCUGAUGGCCAGUCGGGACCAAUGUAAAAUCUUCUGGAAGAUCUGCGUGGAAUACCACUCGUUUUUCCGCAUGUUUGACCAACCCCAGCCCAAAUCCAAAGCCAUCCUCUUCACCAGAGGCUCUUCCUUCAGAUACAGUGGAAGGACUCAGAAGCAACUCGUGGACUACGUCAGGGAAAACGGGGCGAAGAGAACUCCAUACCAGAGGAGGAACAGUAAAAUACGAAUGUCUGCUCGCUCCCUCGCCACAGAUGUGCCAAAACAGAGCUUGUCAUUCAACGACAGUCUCGGGGCCCCAGGCUUCCCUUCUCCUGCCACCGUGUCCUUCCACCCGGCGCACAUCUCCAGCCUCCUCCCACUAGCAGAGCUCCAACCUCAGCCACGGCCUUUGGCCACACCGAGCCGGUCUCCAGCGCCUCCCCAGCAGCAGCUUCAGUCCCCUCUGCAGGCUGCCAGACCCCCAAGCCCUCCGAAGGAAGACCCUGUCAAGGCCGCGUCCCCAUCUCACUACGCUUUUCAAGAUGCCAUGGACAGCCCCCAGUUCUCCCCCAUGAUCUCCAAGGAUCCCCUCUGCCUGUCCCCCUCCUUUCAGAUGUCGACCCUCAGCCUGCCGGGCCAGACCCCGUCGCCCCUGCAGAGCCCCAUUCUGAGCGAGGUGGGCAGCAAUGCCAGGCUAGAGGAAGAGGAGGAGGAGGGCAGGAGGAAGCGAUAUCCCACCGACAAGGCCUACUUCAUCGCCAAAGAGAUUCUGACCACGGAGCGAACGUAUUUGAAAGACCUUGAGGUCAUCACUGUGUGGUUCCGCAGCGCCGUGAUCAAAGAAAACGCCAUGCCCGAAGCCCUGAUGACCCUCCUCUUCUCCAACAUCGACCCCAUCUACGAGUUCCACCGGGGCUUCCUCAAGGAGCUGGACCAGAGGCUGGCUUUCUGGGAGGGUCGCUCCAACGCUCACGUCAAGGGCGACUACCAGAGGAUCGGCGACGUGAUGCUGAGGAACAUGUGCGCCCUGAAGGAGUUCACCGGCUUCCUGCGGAAACACGACGAGGUGUUGACGGAGCUGGAGAAAGCCAGCAAGAAGCUGAAGAAGCUGGAGACGGUCUAUAAGGAGUUCGAGCUGCAGAAGGUCUGCUACCUGCCCCUCAACACGUUCCUGCUCAAGCCCAUCCAGCGCCUCAUGCACUACAAGCUCAUCCUGGAGCGACUGUGCAAGCAUUACUCUCCCGGCCACCGCGAUCACGAUGACUGCAAGGAGGCUCUGAAGGAAGUGGCUGAGAUCGCCACCCAGCUCCAAAGCAGCCUCAUCCGGUUGGAGAACUUCCAGAAGCUGACCGAGCUGCAGAGAGACCUGAUCGGCAUUGAGAACCUGACGGGGCCAGGCAGGGAGUUUAUAAGAGAGGGCUGUCUGUACAAGCUCACCAAGAAAGGACUGCAGCAAAGGAUGUUUUUCCUGUUCUCAGACAUGCUCCUCUACACGAGCAAAGGCGUCACAGCGACCAAUCAGUUCAAAGUGCACGGCCAGCUGUCCCUUCAUGGCAUGAUCCUCAUAGUGCUGGAUACACCGGUCGAGGAGAGUGAAAACGAGUGGUCGGUCCCACACUGCUUCACCAUCUACUCUGCUCAGAGGACCGUUGUCGUGGCUGCCAGUUCUAAAGUGGAGAUGGGGAAGUGGAUUGAGGACAUGAACAUGGCUAUUGAACUGGCCAAGAAGUCCCAAGAGAAGUCCACCAUCUUCCUCGAUGCAGAAGUCGGCGACCACUCCAACCGAUCAUCCGACGAGGUCUCCCUGGAGCAGGAGUCGGAAGACGACAUGAACUCGUCGCUCACGUCGCUGGACAAGCAGACGCACCACCGGGCCAACACCACCAUGCACGUGUGCUGGCACCGCAACACCAGCGUGUCUAUGUCUGAUCACAGCCAGGCUGUGGAGAACCAGCUGUCGGGUUACCUGCUGAGGAAGUUCAAGAACAGCAACGGCUGGCAGAAACUCUGGGUGGUCUUCACCAACUUCUGCUUGUUCUUCUACAAGACUCACCAGGACGACUUCCCGCUGGCCAGCCUGCCCCUGCUCGGCUACACGGUCAGCACCCCUGAGGAGUCGGACGGCAUCCACAAGGAGUACGUCUUCAAGCUGCAGUUCAAGUCCCACGUUUACUUCUUCCGGGCGGAGAGCGAGUACACCUUCGAAAGAUGGAUGGAGGUGAUCAAGAGCGCGGCCAGCACCACGGGCCGGAUGAGCCUGCUUAUACCCAAAGGGGCUCCUGUGGAGAUGAACGGGAACUGAAUCGGACGCCGCCCGCCCGCCACCUGGAGGCUGGGCCUCCCCGGGGCAUCAGAGAGGCAAUCGGGUCUUUUUCUGCUUUCCUGACGUUUUCAUACGUCGCGAGGAGUCGGACAAUAACAGAUGAAGACUGAAAGAUAUACAGACAGUUAAAGAGUAUUUAACAUUUCUCAGCCUAAGGAUUUAAUUUUAACGGUUUGUAACAUGCUAACGUUCGCGUCAGUAUACAGAACAUAAUGAAAGGGAGACUUUUUGUAUCUGUUUUGUUGUUGAUUUUUUGCAUGUUUAGUGCUCCGUUGGACUGAUGUGAAAUACUAUUAUAUGGGACCAACUCCCACACAAAGGAGGCUUUCACUGUUUAGCAUGCGAUGGCCGAAGCUUUGUUGGGACACAGUUGAUGCACAGUGGGAACUAAAUGAAGGUGCACGAUGGUUUGUGCUCUCAGCAUCGGAGGAGUGUCAGUGAGUGAGUGUAUGUGUAAGUCGGAGGCGAGCGGAAGGCUACGGGAUGUUAAAGCAGGUCGUUACGUUUCUGGAGAUAUAUGAGAAAUUGAGAAAAUCUGACACGCACGCAACGCAAUUUUGGUUGCAAACCUUUAACAGCUUUAUUUAUUUUUCUCCAAGAAUAAAGCUGUAUGAAGUUUUAGUAUGAGCAGCGGUUAUUCCCGAGGCUUCCAUGUUGCUGGGAUGAGGUUUCAUAUGCUGAAAAGGGAGCUGCUUUAAUCUGUAGUCGGGCAGCGUUAAAGGCCAGUUCGGUGCUACACUUCCCUCUUUAAUAUCAAGUGUAAACAAAUGUAUCCUGUUUUUAUUCUCUCGGCAUAGGGAUAACAACUUGAAGAAAUAUUGUGCAGUGGUGACAGAUUCUCUCCUCUGAAGGAAGAACCAGAAGAACACAUUAUGAAUUAAUUGUACUCGGUGAUGUCACCAACAACGCUUAUUGUCGGUUAUGUGGUGCGCUACAUGCACACGUGAUAUCAAUUGGUACAGUAUGGUUUUUUUGUUGUAAUGAAGACUGGAAUCUUUACGUGUGUGUGUCUGUCUGUCCAAGGUGACGAUGGAGUUCAUCUGACAUUCUGUGUGCGUGCGAGAGAUGACUGUUGCACAUGUUAACAAACCGUACAUGUUACUCCUAUUUAUUGUUUAUCAUCAUCAUCAUCAGGGCCGUUGCUCCCGCAUGCCCCAUCCCCCCCAAUGUAGUCUUCAUGUUAUUCCUUUAAAAAGAAAGAAAAAAAACCUAACGAAUAAAAGAUCGUUGCAAUCAC